AUGUGGGACGUCCGGUUGGACCCUUGGGCAUAUCUGGUCUAUAAUUACAACAAACUCUGCGGGGAGACCGCGGCCCCGUUGACGCUAGUAGGUCGUCUGUCGCGAUGUCUCUACCUCGUCUGCAACAACUGUCCUGUCGAUCGUCGCAAUAGCUCGCCUUUCAAAGCCGAUCCCAUCGACGCGCGCCGGGAGAAAAAUCAAUCGACGACGCGACGCGGGCGGGGCUUCGCACAUACCUAUCUACUCUCUCGGAAAAUGCUCGAACCCUCUGAUCGAGGUUUAGAGCUCGAAUCCCCCAUUCGAACGCGGUUCGCAAUGCUCUACGGAAAAAACAUACGGAUCGGAUCUCGGGAAAGCUCCCGACGCCAUCAAGCACUUCUGCCGGAGCCGUUGAAGGUAUUCUGCACUGCAGACCUGCGGGCGGGUAAGGGUGAUUGGGAUCGUGCGCUGGGGCCUUCGCGUGGGAAGGACCGGCGACGUUUGACCUGCCUACAGAGAAAACUUCUCUCUCCCGGCCGGUGUUCUUCACUGGAUACGAAAUUCCGCCGUUCUCACAAACAUCAGCUAGAAGUCGAAGAGUUGCGGGAGCUGAACCGACCACCGGGACCAGAUCGCCUGAAUUCAGCCGACAACGAGAAUGGAACGGAAAAUACCGGCGGUGUCAACUCCGAUGAGCUUCGUCUAGACAUGGAACAUUCGCUCCAGGCCGAGGCUUCGUCAGGGGCUCACAGUUGGAUGGAUAUGAACCUGUAUUCGACUAAAAACGCAAUCUCUCAAGGUCUUCUUACGUUGGCGUUAUUAACGUCGAACGCCUCGCAGCUGCGCACCAUACUACAGAAUGGCUCGAGGAGCAAUCGCUUCUAUUUGAUAUGUUUAGCCUCCGUCGGAACAGCUCUGGUUCUGCAGGUGACCGUCGGAAUCCUGCUCAUCAUCAAAGGAAGAUUCAACAUCAAUCGAGCCUUCCAGCAGAGACCGGCGGAGCUAGUGAACAAUUUUGUUUUAGUUGGUGUUUUUCUCAUAGCCGUAGCAAACAUUUUCCUCACUGCCUUCGUCAGCUCCGGGGAGAUUCAUAUCCCGAUGCCUGAGAACGUGACGCAACCCGUCGUGCCGAAGGAUUUCGACGACCACGGUUACAGAUAGGUCUUGAGUCACAUACCUUUCCGAAACGAGUUCGGAAAACGUCUUGUUUGUAUAAGUAUCCGAUAAUAAUAUAUUCGAUUAUGUAAAUAUUCAUCCGUAGAAUCCCAUCACAGAAUACGGCGACAUACGCCUUUCGAAUGACAGCUUACUCUUCAAAGAGGUCCCGAGGGAUCGUUCGCCAUGCUCGAACGAGUGCUUUGAG